AUGAUUGAAGACGACAUCUAUCGCUCUUCGUCUCAGUAUCGACUAUGGUCUUACACUGAAUCCUCACUACAAUCUCUUCGAGCUACAACAAAUGCCGUAGCCACCGAGCGCGUGCGCGCCGCCUUGCGCAGAUCCCGCGAGACUCAAGCAUCGGCAGCCUCAUCCGCCACUGGAACACCACAGCCAGGGAGUGAUAUGGACAACAAAAGCAAGGAUGAAAAAGAAAUCGAAUGUCUAACGCCCGCGGAAGAACUAGUUCUUGUCCAAUAUUACUGCGAGAAGACACUAGAACUGGGCGAGACAUACAAACCACCGAUGCCUACGAUGGCCCGGGCAACAGCAAUCCAAUACCUCCGACGCUUUUAUAUAACUAAUUCUCCCAUGACCUACCACCCGAAGUCGAUCAUGGCAUGCGCCCUCUUUGUCGCAACCAAAACCGAGAACUAUUACAUGUCCCUCCGGCAAUUUGCAGAGGGAAUCCCGGGCGAUACAUCACCUGAAGACGUCAUUGCACCAGAAUUUCUACUCAUGCAAGGCCUCCGCUUCACCUUCGACAUACGACAUCCAUUCCGUGGACUCGAAGGCGGCGUAAUGGAACUUCAAGCAAUUGCCAAUGGCCAGGGUCAACCAGCUCCUCAUUUGCCGCAUGAGACGGCCGAAGAUCUCCAACAAGGACUGUUAUCCAUUGCGCCUCCUCCCACUCCAUCAAAGUCAAUGUCAGAUCGGAUUGCUGUAGCCCAUGGCAAAACCCGCGACCUGCUCAAAACUGCCGCACAGAUGACAGACGCCUACUUCUUGUACACCCCUUCUCAGAUCUGGCUUUCUGCUUUCUUAGUAGCCGAUCGUCCAUUGGCAGAGUUCCUCCUUGAUGUCAAGCUAGGCGGUCCCGUUACAGCCACCAUUCCCGCCCCCGAAACCGACGAAAAUGGUCUUGUGAAUCCUCUAUAUGAAAUCCGCUUGAAACUGCACCGCGUCUUGACCGAGUGCUCAGCUUUGCUUCAGUCAUACACACCUUUGUCUUCUGACCCCGUGCAGAUGAAGAACCUAAAGCGCAUUGCCAAGAAGUUGUAUCACUGCCAGAACCCCGAGAAAGUCAACCUCAAGCGCGAAUCUGCUCAAGUGCCAGUUUCUCAGCCCGACUCUGGGGUUGUCACGUCGGAAAGUGAAUCGGAGCGCCUGGCCAAGAAGCGAAAGUUAGAACAGGAGCAAAUGGCUCGUCAGGGCAAUGAUGUGUUCGGCCCUGAUCUGGUCACACAACGCACCAAGCCAUGA